AUGCAGGAAUGGGAACUUGGAGAACUCUUUGAUCUUUUCCGGCUACUGGAAAGCUUUCAAAUGAAUACACAAGCUCAAGACAGUUUAAGGUGGGGCAAUCUGAACGAAGGUUGUUAUUCAGUCAAGGAAGGAUACAAGAAAUUGUGUGCUAGCAAUGAAGUAACUGAGCUUUGGCCAUGGAAGCUAAUUUGGAAGACAAAACUCCCCACAAAGGUCAUGUGCUUCACCUGGAUAGCUCUUAAAGGUGCGAUUUUAACCCAAGACAACUUGUGUAGUAGGAAUUUCCAGCUGGUGAAUAGAUGUUACAUGUGUCUAGACAACUCAGAAUCUAUAAACCAUCUGCUAUUGCACUGCAGAGUGGCUGCAGAUUUGUGGCACAUGUUCCUCUCAACGAUUGGCAUAAGUUGGACAACACCACAAGGGAUAAAAGAAGCAGUUGAAAGUUGGAGUCAGUGGAAAGUUGAGAGAACCAUCAAGAAGAUCUGGCAGAUGAUCCCAGCAAGUAUAUUUUGGUGUAUUUGGGCAGAAAGGAAUCGCAGAUGCUUUGAUGGAAUAUCAACUCCCAACAGCUACCUGAAAGCAAAGUGCCUUAGGAAUCUAUAUAGCUGGAGCAACCUUUCCUCUGUAAAUGAUUUAAUUCCAUUUCUAGAUUUUAUUAGCUCUCUGUCUUUGGCUUGA